CUAUUUCCACUUAUUUGAAACAGAAACACAGAAUUCAUUCUCCAGGGGAUUCACUCCCUUCUUUUUCAUCUUCUUCUUCGAGGCAGAAAGAGGGGCUUCGCUCCACCUUCUUUCUCUUCUCUGAGACGCAAGCAAAGCCUUCUUCUUGUCGUUGUCAUUUUAAUCUUAAAUCAGUGUUUUAUCGGGAAGGGAUUAAAUCCAGGGACGAUUUGAAAUAGUCAUUUUUCUGGUUCUUUCAUGUUCUCAGAGAGUGGUUAAGUGGCGCGGUACUGCUGGAUUGAGUGUGUCUAAAGGUUGUGUUUUAGGUGUGGUGCAGGCUGCUACGUUGGUAACUGUAGCAUUCACUAUCCAGGUCUGGUGAUAUAACAUAGCAUACCAGGGUGGUGUUACAUAUAGGCAUUUUCCCCUCAAAGUCACGUAAAAAUGGCAAACAUAGCUAUAAAUGGUAUACUGGAAAAGAUGACGGGUAAGGAUAAAGAUUACAGAUAUAUGGCAACUUCUGAUUUGCUGAAUGAAUUAAACAAAGAGGGGUUUAAAGCUGAUGCUGAUUUGGAGCUCAAAGUGUCAAAUAUCGUCUUACAACAGCUUGACGAUGCAGCUGGCGAUGUUUCUGGAUUGGCCGUCAAAUGUCUGGCACCUUUGGUGAAGAAGAUCAGUGAGCAAAGAGUUUUAGACAUGACAGAGAAGCUCUGUGAUAAAUUGCUGAAUGGAAAGGAUCAGCAUCGUGACAUUGUCAGUAUAGCCCUUAAGACAAUUGUUUCUGAAGUCACUAGUGCAACUGUUGCACAGCGUGUUCUUGUAUCUCUUUCUCCACAGUUAAUAAAGGGUAUCACUGGUGCUGGAAUGAGUACUGAAAUUAAAUGCGAGUGUCUUGAUAUUCUCUGUGAUGUUCUUCAUAGAUUUGGGAAUCUCAUGGCGGCUGACCAUGAGAUGCUGGUAGGUGCAUUGUUAUCCCAGUUGAGUUCCAAUCAUGCUACCAUCAGAAAGAAGUCUGUAUCAUGCAUAGCCUCGCUUUCUUCAUGCUUGUCAGAUGAUCUAUUGGCAAAGGAAACAAUAGAAGUUGUUCGGCUUUUAAAAAGUAAGGGCCUAAAGCCUGAAAUGACAAGGACAAACAUUCAGAUGAUUGGAGCACUAAGUCGUGCUGUUGGAUAUCGUUUUGGACCACAUCUUGGAGAUACUGUUCCUGUGCUAAUUAAUUACUGCACAAGUGCUUCGGAAAAUGAUGAAGAACUUCGUGAGUACAGCUUGCAGGCACUAGAGAGCUUUUUACUUCGAUGCCCUAGGGAUAUAUCAUUGUAUUGUGAUGGGAUUUUACAUCUUUGUCUGGAAUUUUUAAGCUAUGAUCCAAACUUCACUGAUAACAUGGAGGAAGAUACUGAUGAUGAGAGUCAUGAGGAAGAGGAGGAUGAUGAGAGUGCAAAUGAAUAUACAGAUGAUGAGGAUGCUAGCUGGAAAGUUCGAAGAGCAGCUGCGAAAUGUCUGGCAGCAAUUAUUGUUUCUCGUCCUGAAAUGCUCUCAAAGCUAUAUGAGGAGGCAUGCCCUAAGUUGAUAGAGAGGUUUAAAGAAAGGGAAGAAAAUGUCAAGAUGGAUGUAUUUAAUACCUUCAUUGAGUUACUACAUCAAACUGGUAAUGUUACUAAGGGGCAGAUUGGCAUGAAUCAGAUGAGUCCACGGUGGUUAUUGAAGCAAGAAGUUCCAAAAAUUGUGAAAUCUAUAAACAAGCAGCUCCGUGAAAAGUCAAUCAAGACAAAGGUUGGUGCUUUUUCAGUGUUAAAAGAACUUGUGGUUGUUUUACCAGACUGCCUUGCUGAUCACAUUGGGUCACUUGUUUCUGGAAUUGAAAAAGCAUUGAAUGACAAAUCCUCUACCUCAAACUUGAAAAUAGAGGCUCUCAUUUUUACAAGAUUGGUUAUGGCUUCACAUUCACCUUCUGUUUUCCACCCAUAUAUCCAGGCUUUAUCUAGUCCUGUAUUAUCUGCUGUUAGUGAGCGUUAUUACAAAGUCACUGCUGAGGCAUUAAGAGUUUGUGGGGAGCUUGUCCGGGUUGUUCGUCCAAGUUUUGAGGUUUGUGGUUUUGAUUUUAAACCUUAUGUUCAUCCAAUUUAUAAUGCAAUAUUGACACGCCUUGCAAACCAAGAUCAAGAUCAGGAGGUUAAAGAGUGUGCGAUUUCUUGCAUGGGGCUUGUCAUUUCAACAUUUGGUGAUAACCUCCGUGUAGAAUUGCCCGCAUGUCUACCUGUACUUGUUGACCGGAUGGGGAAUGAGAUAACCCGACUUACAGCUGUGAAGGCAUUUGCUGUCAUUGCUGCUUCUCCACUGAAGAUAGAUCUGUCAUGUGUUCUGGGUCAUGUUAUUGCAGAAUUAACAGCUUUCUUGCGGAAGGCCAACCGGGCAUUAAGGCAGGCAACACUGGGAACACUGAAUUCCCUAAUUGUUGCAUAUGGUGAUCGAAUUGGGUCAUCCGCUUAUGAAGUUAUUAUUGUGGAACUUUCAACUCUCAUAAGUGAUUCAGAUUUGCAUAUGACUGCUCUGGCAUUAGAACUUUGCUGCACAUUGAUGGCAGACAGGAAGUCAAUUCCAAAUGUUGGAUUAACUGUCAGAAGCAAGGUUCUUCCUCAAGCUUUAACAUUAAUCAAGAGCUCAUUGUUGCAGGGACAAGCCCUCCAGGCCCUGCAGAACUUUUUUGCUGCCUUAGUCCAUUCAGCAAAUACAAGCUUUGAUGACUUACUAGAUUCUCUUCUUUCAAGUGCUAAACCAUCUCCCCAGUCUGGUGGUCUUGCAAAGCAGGCCUUGUAUUCUGUUGCACAAUGUGUAGCUGUUCUCUGCCUUGCUGCGGGUGAUCAGAAAUGUGCAUCUACUGUAGAAAUGCUGACAAGAAUCUUGAGGGAUGAUAGUAGUACCAAUUCGGCUAAACAGCACCUUGCCUUGCUUUGUUUGGGGGAAAUUGGACGAAGGAAGGAUCUCAGCUCACAUGCACACAUAGAAAACAUUGUCAUUGAGUCUUUCCAGUCUCCUUUUGAGGAAAUAAAAUCUGCUGCCUCUUAUGCUUUGGGAAAUAUAGCUGUUGGAAAUCUAUCGAAGUACCUGCCUUUCAUCCUGGAUCAAAUUGAUAACCAACAGAAGAAGCAGUAUUUAUUGCUUCACUCUUUGAAAGAGGUUAUUGCAAGGCAGUCUUUAAACAAAGCUGGUCAGGCUGAGUUUCAGGAUACUAGUGUUGAGAAGAUAUUGAAAUUACUGUUUAAUCACUGUGAAAGUGAGGAGGAGGGUGUUCGCAAUGUAGUUGCAGAGUGUCUUGGUAAAAUUGCACUUAUAGAGCCUGCAAAGCUUGUUCCUGCACUUAAGAUAAGGACAACCGGUCCUGCUGCUUUCACUAGGGCGACUGUUGUCAUUGCUGUAAAAUAUUCAAUUGUUGAGCGUCCAGAACAGAUAGAUGAGAUUAUAUACCCGGAGAUCUCCUCAUUCCUUAUGCUUAUUAAGGAUCAUGACCGGCAUGUUAGGCGUGCAGCUGUCCUAGCUUUGAGCACAGCAGCUCACAAUAAGCCAAAUCUCAUCAAGGGGCUUCUCCCAGAGUUACUUCCACUUCUUUAUGACCAAACAGUUGUUAAGCAAGAAUUAAUAAGGACAGUUGAUCUUGGUCCUUUCAAGCAUGUUGUGGAUGAUGGCCUUGAGCUGAGAAAAGCAGCUUUUGAAUGUGUAGACACUUUGCUGGAUAGUUGCCUUGAUCAAGUGAACCCUUCAUCUUUCAUUGUUCCUUACCUUAAAUCUGGCUUGGAUGAUCACUAUGAUGUAAAAAUGCCUUGCCAUCUUAUCCUCUCAAAACUUGCGGACAAGUGUCCUUCUGCUGUACUUGCCGUGUUGGACUCUUUGGUUGAUCCCCUGCUAAAAACAAUUAAUCACAAGCCAAAGCAAGAUGCUGUGAAGCAAGAAGUGGAUCGCAAUGAAGAUAUGAUCCGAAGUGCACUUAGAGCAAUUGCUUCCUUGAACCGUAUAAGUGGAGGAGAAUGCAGCCUUAGGUUCAAGAGCCUGAUGAAUGAAAUAAUGAAAUCAUCAACGCUUUCAGAGAAGUACAAUUCCAUCCGCAAUGAGUGAGAUGACGUUUUGGAUUAUGACCGUCACCUUUGCUUUGCUUGGCAAGAAAAGAAAAUGUGCUUUUGUUUUAUGAAAUUAAAUGCUUUCCGGAGAGGCUUCUUUUCAGUGUGAGUUUGUACAAUGCUCACAAUUUACUGGUGUAGGCCUCUUGCUGCUCAUCCAUGUUACAGCUUACGGGUAUAUACAUAAGCAUACAAGAAAAAUGUAAAAUUGAUAUUCAGCUUCAAUGGAAAGAACCAAGAAAUGAGAGCCUAGUUUUGUCGUACAACAAUUAUUGGUGUAAUUUUGUCUCUACAUGGCUGGAUCUUUUUCUUUUUAACCUGCCAUUUUUCAUUUGAACUGAUUUUGUAAUGCACUAUUUUUGCACGUAUUUGACAUGAUAAUAAUUCUUGUUUGUAUA